AGAGCCGACCGGAAAAUACAACUGAAAGAACCAAAAGAAAAAGGACGAAGUGAACGGAAGAUAUUAUUCUUUUUUAUAACGUUGCUAUACCAUUUAAGACUUAAUAAUACUACAACUAAACAUCUAAUUCGGUAAGGAGCAGCCUAUAAAUGUAACGUUAACCGCUUUAAACCUCCGGCUGACACUUGUACACAUGCGCAAUGUGUCGCACGCGCUCAUUUAUUGGCGGCAGCGCCAACUGGCCAUAAGUUUAAUUGGAGCUCUGAGCCGAGGGGAACGCUGGUCCCAGUAGCUCCUGGAGAGACAGCUCGUCUCUACACUUCUCCAUCUCCCCCUCACUACUUUGUGCAGACAAGAAGCGGCCACAAACAUGUCCAGACGAAGCGUUCGGCUCCAAAGAAGAUCUGAAAAUGUUCCAGGGCAGAGGGGCAAAGUGACCACGCAAAGCAACAGAAGGAGGGUCCAGCCCCUGUCAAAGCUGCAGUGUGAGAAGAACCAGCUGGUUCCUAAAGGCGUCGCCAAGCCGUCCGUUCUCACUGAGGCUUCUGAGAAGAGAGUUAUGGGUGGCAGUGAUGCAGCCGCCCCAUCCACAGAGUCUCUACUGCGCCCAUCGCCUUUGCCUCAUCUUGGAUGGGGAUCUCCUGCAGACGUGUGGGAGAAGAUGGUCGGCAGGGAGCAGAAUUACAGACACAGCAAGAGCUUCAUGCAGAAACAUCCCACAAUACAACCCCGAAUGAGAUCAAUACUCCUCGACUGGUUAAUUGAGGUGAGCGAGGCCUACACUCUCCACCGGCAGACGUUCUACCUGGCUCAGGACUACUUUGACCGCUUCAUGCUGACGCAGGACAACAUUGAGAAGGGCCUGCUGCAGCUCAUUGGGAUAACAUGUCUCUUUAUAGCAUCAAAGAUGGAGGAGGCCUGUCCUCCGAAGCUCUCCCAGAUGGCUUAUGUGACUGCAGGGACCUACUAUGAAGAGGAGAUCCUUCACAUGGAGUUAAUCAUUUUGAAGGCGCUGAGCUGGAACGUUUGUCCCGAAACGAGCGUCUCGUGGCUGAAGCUUUACUUCCAGGUGGCGUCGAUGAACGCCGGCUCCGACCUGCUGCAGCCGCAGUUUCCACAGGACGCUUACGUAGAAAUGACGCGGCUGUUAGACCUGUGUAUCCUCCACAUAAACGCUCUGGACUUUGAGUAUAGAGUGUUGGCUGCCUCCGUCCUGAGCCAUUUCAUUCAAAGGGAAAUGGCUGAGAAGGUUUCAGGUCUGCCGAGAGACGCCGUCCAGCUGUGCAUCGACUGGAUGGCCCCCUUUGUGGAGUCGGUGAACGGGUUCGGCAGAACGACGCUCAAGGAGUUUGUCGGAGUAAAGGAAGAAGACAGACACGAUGUCCAGACGCACACGGACUACAUGGCCAUGCUGGCUGUCAGUCAAGAGGAAAACAGCCAGUUCCUCACUCCUCCCAACAGCACAGAGAAAACCUGCACACACUGAACCGCCAGAGGAAGUGAAGGUCCCACGGAGACCGGGUCUGAACUGGGACUAACUGACUGCUUUAACUGGAAUACGGAGUCUGGAUGGUAUUUAUUUCAAGCCUGCUGAUAUGAAUUGUAUCACCAUUAACCAGGAUGAUAUUUAAGAUGUUGGCCAAAGCUUUUUUUUUUUUAAGCAACUGGGUGCUUUUAAUUCAGAAAAACAAAUGAGGUAGAAUUUAAUUCUAAGAAAUGUUAUAUAACUGAAAGUGAUGUGCAAUCAUUUCCUCUUAUAUUAAAUAUGUUUCUAACCAACCGAUUUAAAACCUUUCAAAAUGCUGCCAGGCCUCAGUUUCCCCGGUGGUCUACUGUGAACCCUGAUCUUUACCAGCUCCCUGGCUGUGGCUAGUCAGUAAUGCAUUUAUUUUUGUUAAUGAUUACAAGUGUACAUAUGAGUAACUAUUUAUUUUCUACCACAAAAUAAAAAUAUACACCCUC